AUGAAGGCAAUUGCAGUCUCCGAAUACGGGCCCAUCGACAAUCUGGUCGCCAUCGAGGUCGAAACGCCCGGUGAACCACAAGGUCACGACCUGCUCAUAAAGUACGCCUUCCCCCCUCCUACCCUCGUUAUACCAAUCCCGAUUCUGACGAGUUCGCAGAGUCCAAGCCUGCAGCAUCAAUCCCGUAGACACCAAAGUCCGCAACGGAACCUACGACGACUAUCCAGACUACUACAGCCGAACCCCCAACCUCCCCCAAAUCCUCGGCUACGACGGCGCUGGCAUCGUCCAAGCCAUCGGCCCCGAAGUGCACAAUUUCAAACCCGGCGAUGAAGUCUUCUGGUCCGGGAGUCCCGUCCGGCAAGGCUCGAAUGCCGAAUUCCAACUCGUGGACAACCGGAGCGUGGCCCUGAAACCCCAGAAUCUGAACAUGGUGCAGGCGGCUUGUCUGCCUCUGACGUGGAUCACGGCCUGGGAAGCGCUCGUUGAACGCAUGGGGAUCAAGAUGGGCGAGGCCAGUGGGAUUCUGAUCAUCAACGGAGCCGGAGGGGUGGGCAGUAUAGCGUCCCAGAUCGCCCGGAAGAUCUUACAACUCCCCGUGGUCAUCACGACGACCUCGCGGGAGGAAACGACAGCUUUCAGCAAGGACGUCGGAACAGCGACGCACACCAUCAACCACCACUCCGACAACCUCGCGCAACAGAUCGAAUCCCUCAACCUCGACGUUCCGAUCCGCUACGUCUUCAUCACGCAUACCCCGGCAUCCAAGUACAUUGUCGAUUCCGCUUCGUUGCUAGCGCCUUUCGGGAAAGUCUGCAGUAUUGUCCAGGACGAGGAGAUUCCCAUGUACGGCACGGAAUGGAUGGCGAAGAGCUUGACGUAUAUCUGGGAAGUCAUUGGGACGAAACCGCUGUAUGGGGUUGAUGUGGAGAGUCAUCGACAGCUGCUUAUUGAGCUUGCGGCUUACGUUGGUGAUGGGACGAUCCAGUGUCACCAUACAGAGACGCUUCCCCUUACUCUGGAUGGGGUCCGGCGAGCGCAUGAGAUGGUUGAGGCUUCGGGUGUCAAGGGGAAGCUCGGACUUUCCGUGGAUGCCGAAGGGACGCGUCCAGAGCAGGCUUUCGCGUGA